AAAAAUUCACGUAUAUCAACGAAUUUAAUCCUAGAUUUAAUCCCUGAAAUUUCUCAAAUCCAUCUUCCUCAAUUUAUUUCUAUACAUAUUCAAAUCGGAAGAACGGGUGCACCAAGGAAAGGGGAAAAAUGGCUCAAUUAGCAAGAAAUGCAGCUCGUCUACUCCCUCGGACGGCGCCGUUUAACCACCGCGCAGCCCUAGCUUCGAUCCACACCACCACCCCCGCUCUCGCCGCAGCUUCCUCCUCCACGCCGACGCCGUACUCGCCCUCCCUCCCACCGACGGGCUCCUCGCCCCCGGGGAUGUCCAAGGCGGCGGAAUUCGUGAUCUCGAAGGUCGAUGAUCUCAUGAACUAUGUCCGCCGCGGCUCCAUCUGGCCGAUGACGUUCGGCCUGGCCUGCUGCGCCGUGGAGAUGAUGCACACCGGCGCCGCGCGCUACGAUUUGGAUCGCUUUGGGAUUAUAUUCCGGCCGAGCCCUAGGCAGUCCGAUUGCAUGAUUGUCGCCGGCACUCUCACCAAUAAAAUGGCCCCUGCGCUCCGCAAAGUCUAUGACCAGAUGCCUGAGCCACGGUGGGUAAUCUCUAUGGGAAGCUGUGCAAACGGUGGUGGUUACUACCACUACUCGUACUCUGUUGUCCGAGGUUGUGAUAGGAUUGUCCCCGUUGACAUCUACGUACCUGGCUGUCCACCCACUGCCGAGGCCCUCCUCUAUGGACUACUCCAGCUGCAGAAGAAGAUCAACAGGCGUAGAGAUUUCUAUCACUGGUGGACCAAAUAAGCACACAGCUUCAGUUUGCAUCUGUGGAUGCGGGCUUGUGCAAGGUUAUAUGGAAUCAAUUGUAGCUUUCUCGAAAAUAAAUUCCAUCGCGAGGGAGAGACGUAAUCAGGUGUCACCGGUAUCUGUUCCCUUGCUAAAACUCACUUUUUACUUUUUAAAGUUGUUUGGGAUUUAUACUCUUUUGUGAUAUACGUCAACAACUAGUGAGAACCUUCAUUGGUCGUGUCUGUACUCUGUAUUAAUUUCAAGUAAGAAUACUUCAUUAUGUGUCAUUUAAUUUGAUACACAUUGAAAAUUGAGCAUUGCUUUUAACUUUAA